GCGCUGGAGCAUCCGCCGGCGCCGGGGCCGCUUCCUCCCUUCCGCGUCUGUGCUGUGCCGGGUCCCCGCAGCCRCCGCUGGGCGUCCAAAAAUCAACAUGUCGAGCAAAAAGGCAAAGACCAAGACCACCAAGAAGCGCCCUCAGCGCGCCACUUCCAAUGUAUUUGCGAUGUUUGAUCAGUCGCAGAUCCAGGAAUUCAAGGAGGCCUUCAACAUGAUCGACCAGAACAGGGAUGGCUUCAUUGACAAAGAGGACUUGCACGACAUGCUCGCCUCCCUUGGAAAGAAUCCAACAGAUGAAUAUCUGGAUGCCAUGAUGAACGAGGCUCCGGGCCCCAUCAACUUCACGAUGUUCCUCACAAUGUUUGGUGAAAAGUUAAAUGGCACCGACCCAGAGGAUGUAAUCAGGAAUGCUUUUGCUUGCUUUGAUGAAGAAGCAACAGGGUUCAUCCAAGAAGACUACCUGCGGGAGCUGCUGACCACCAUGGGGGACAGGUUCACGGAUGAAGAGGUGGAUGAGCUGUACAGAGAGGCCCCCAUCGACAAAAAGGGCAAUUUCAACUACAUUGAAUUCACACGCAUCCUGAAACAUGGAGCAAAGGACAAGGAUGACUGAGCAAGUCCCUGGAUACCUGCAGAUAGCGCUUUUUUUUUUUGCCUUUUCAUUAAUUUUAUUUCUCAGGAUCUUUUCUUUUCUUUUUUUUUUCUUGUUGGGACCUUUUGCAUACAUUUUUAGCACUGCAGCUCUUUCCUCUGUGGAUUCUAWGGCUGCUCAGGCACACCUGCACCUUUGUAAUAGGACUGGAAAGUGGCAGAGAGAGAGGAGAGCUUACGUGGUAGAGGUUGAGUGACAAAGAUCAGGCAGUGAGAAGGCCAGUGUAAAAAUGUCAGUGCUACUCAUCCUAGCUAGAUUAAUUUUACAUUUUUAAUGAUAACUUUUUAAAAAAACCACUGUUCUACUAAGUAGAUCAUCAAAAUUUUUGUGCUAGAAAURCAGUGUUUCUCUAAUGAUAUCUGUAAAUAUUUUUGCAACUGUGCAGUUGUCUUGUUACCCAUUUUUGCCUUAAAAAUGAUGCAUAAGCCACUUAAGCAUACUGAUGUUUAUACUUUAGCAACCGAGUAUUUCACCUGCUGCUGUGAGCAUACACAAUGAAGAAGAAAUUCCCAUCAUUCCAAUUUUAGUGUAUUGUAAAUUAAUCAUAUAUGUCCAAGACUUGCACAUUAAACAUUUUAAAUCUUAUGGGUGUAGUUGAGCAUGUAUUUUAUCACCUCAGUGCCUCCAUUUCUCUACACUGAGUACUUUAUUAAUACCACUUUUAAAAAACUUAUGAUGUGAAUCCUAGUGUUUUCUUUAAAACAAGAUGUCAUAUAUGGGUAGAGUUGCUUGAGUGACACUUCUUACUAGAUCUGUGUGGCUGCCAAUGUUGAAUUAAUGACAUUUCAUUGCAACCAUUUAUUUAUUUAAUCUUUCUAUCUUUUUUUCAAAGCACAGUAAGAACRGGGCCAGAUGAAGAAGGAAGGUGUGCUGUCUCUGUCCUUUUUGUUUUCCAUCUGAAAAUGUCAUUCUUGGUUUUUAAAUGAAACAAUGUAUACUAUAUUUUUAAGACCUCCUGCUGAGAGUGAUGCUUUGGAUGUGUGAGACUGAGGCAUUCCCUUUUGUUCCAUUUCUCAUAGUUGUAUCCUCUAUAGUUUUUGUGGUAUGGAAGGCGUGGCAGAUUUGCUAGUGUUCUGAAGCAAUUUCGCCAUAAUCUGAAUUCCUGUGGUCC